UAGCCUGCACUUGACACACUGUAGACUAGUGUAGACUGUAGACACUCUGGACUUAAUACGCGCAGUACGUUUAUGCCCUGUUCAAUCAAGCAUUUUUCAGUUUGCUUACAUACACACAAUCACUGAGAAAUAACUAGAAAGAGGUUCAUACAGUCUACUUGGUUUCAUGUACAAAAAGUAUUUAAAAAUAUUUGAAACUGAAAGAGGGACAAUUUCUACAAAAGGCAAGGGUGACACUGCAAUUUUUGUAGGGCAACACCCACCUUUCGAUUUGAGGUCAUUUCCGGGGCAAGUUAUCUCAAACAGCAAAAUGGCAUCACAUCAAGACGAUUCUACACAACAUCAAACUGUUUCUGUGGAUGAAGUCUUAGCAAAAAUUCGAGACGAAGUCGAACACGAAGGACAUGGAGCUUCACAUGUUUUUGUAAUUCUAGGGGCUUCCGGUGAUCUGGCAAAAAAGAAAAUUUAUCCUACUUUAUGGUGGCUUUUUAAAGAUGGACUCAUCCCACCUAAGACUCACUUCAUUGGAUAUGCAAGAAGCAAACUCACUAUGGCAGACAUUCAGAAAAGCUGCCUCCCCUACAUGAAGGUGAAGGAUAGUGAAGAAGAAAAAGUGAAAGCGUUCUUUAAGUUAAAUGACUAUGUGGCUGGCAGUUAUGACAAAACCCAGGAUUUUAAAAAUUUAAAUACUGCUAUAGAGCAAAAAGGAAGCUCAAAUAGAUUGUUUUACAUGGCUUUGCCACCAUCUGUCUUUGAGCAAGUGACGCUUAACAUUAAGGCUGUCUGCAUGUCUAAAGGUGACAAGUGGACUCGGAUUGUGGUGGAAAAACCUUUUGGCAAAGACUUGGAAAGUUCCAACCAGCUCUCUCACCAUUUAUCUGCCCUGUUCAAAGAGGAAGAACUUUAUCGUAUAGAUCAUUAUUUGGGCAAAGAAAUGGUUCAAAAUCUCAUGGUUUUAAGAUUUGGAAACAGAAUCUUCAGUCCUAUUUGGAAUCGUGACAAUAUAGCUAGUAUUGUUAUAUCUUUUAAAGAGCCUUUUGGCACUCAGGGAAGAGGAGGCUAUUUUGAUGAGUUUGGAAUCCUAAGGGAUGUAAUGCAGAAUCAUUUACUUCAAAUCUUGACACUGGUUGCUAUGGAAAAACCACCAUCUACACAUGCGGAAGAUAUUCGCAAUGAAAAGGUAAAAGUAUUAAAGAGCAUUCCACCACCAGAAUUAAAGAAUGUUGUCCUGGGGCAGUAUGUUGGUAAUCCUGAAGGGAAAGGGGAAGAAAAACUUGGCUAUUUGGAUGAUCCCACUGUUCCAAAAGGUUCAGUGACACCAACUUUUGCUACAGUUGCACUUUUUGUGAAGAAUGAAAGAUGGGAUGGGGUACCCUUCAUCCUAAGGUGUGGAAAAGCUUUAAAUGAACGCAAGGCAGAGGUAAGAGUCCAGUUCAAAGAUGUGGCAGGGGACAUCUUUGCACCUGGAGCAGUGAAACGCAAUGAGCUGGUCAUAAGAGUUCAGCCCAGUGAGGCUAUUUAUAUGAAGAUGAUGGCUAAGACACCUGGGAUGAGUUUGAGCUGUGAAGAGAGUGAGCUAGAUCUGACUUAUGGUAGUCGCUAUAGAGGAGUGAACAUGCCUGAUGCUUACGAACGUCUCAUACUGGAUGUGUUCAUGGGCUCACAGAUCCACUUUGUCAGAUCUGAUGAGCUUUAUGAAGCGUGGCGCAUCUUCACACCUUUAUUGCACCACAUUGAGAAGGAGAAGCCUACACCAAUCCCUUAUAAAUAUGGCAGUCGAGGGCCAAGAGAAAGUGAUCGUUUGUGCCAAGACUUUGACUUCCUCUACACAGGAACCUACAAAUGGCCACACCAAGAAUCUAAAAUGUAAAUACCAUUACCAAGGCAGCAAACCACCAUUUGUAAAGACAAAAAUAUUAUUUAUACAAUUUCUAACUAAAGGAUGGUUUAAUUUAAAUCUGUGAGAAUAUGAACUUAUGAAAGUGUGUAUGAAAAAAAUGGUUUUGAUGUUGGGUGCUAGUGCGCAAAAUUGUUUUAAAUGUGUGAAAAAAAAAUCAGAUUUUUCAUUUUUAAGUGUGGAAUGGUUUGAUUAUGUAAUUUAUUCUAACAGUUCAAUCAGGGACUCUCACACCCCUAGUGCAUGUUUUUGUUUCUGUUGCUAAGGGGUGAGGGGCAGCUUAUCUGUAUCAUGACUGUCAAAGAACAAAGUGAGAUCUUUAUUCCAGAUCAAAGUUUUACAUCUAUAAUUUUUAUAAUCAUGUAUUCAUAAAUAUAUAUUCAGACAAAAACUGUAACUUUCCAAACUAACUAGUUACAUUUUGAAUGUAGUAAUAGUAAGCAAAAUAAUGUUUUUCAAUAUAAUCAACAAUUUGUUAGUAAACUGACAAAAAGUUUGAAUAUUAAUAAGUGAAUAUAAAUCUUUUUUUAUGAGCUUACAAAGAAAGCUAACUUGUAAAACUAAUGCAUAGAACAAGAGAAAAUUGGUCUAACUUGCUAACAAUGUUAAUUUUUUAAUUUAAAUCAUUUUUACCAUCCACUUUUUAAAAAGGAUUUCAAAACUUACAUACAACAAAGUUCUUUAUACCUAUUUUUAUCUGCUUGGUUUUCAAGCAGAUAUUUAUUUUUAUCUUUGUAAAUUUAAUUUUUCUAUUAUACUUUAAACAUCCUUCCAUGUUACGUAUACUUUAUUAUACUUGUUAUAACAGCUGCUAAUUAUUAUUUUGUACUUCAUUACAACUUUUUUAGCACUUUUUAAUACUUGGUAGACGGGAAAAUGAAUUUUUUAAAAAGUUUUGUUGUAAAUAUAAAGAUUGUAUGACUGCAGUAUUCUAUUGCUAAUUCUUUAAAUGUAUAUUUAUACUUCGUGUGCUGAGAAAUCUAAAUUAUUAAUACAUAAUAGCUAAUAACUACAUACAUUUUGAUUACAAAUGGUCUACAGAAACUAAGUCUUCUAUAAUAUACAUAAAGCUGUUGACCACAAACCUCUGGUAAAAUAAAUUUUCUAUGUAGAUCAACACAUUUUACCAAACAUAUUUUACUGUGCACUAUCUAGUAUUUUUCAACCACCCCUUUUUGUUAAAUUUAUAAACUAGUUUGAAGCAUCUGUACAUAGUUUAGUGCAGUAUUUUUUGCAGAAUCAGUGGUGCUAGUAUGGUUGACUGUAUUUAUAAUAAGAGACUUUUUACGAUAACGUAACAAAAAAGUGUUGUUAAGAUAUUUAUUUUUCUUUACAGUAAAAAAAAAUUUGCAUAAUUAAAGUCUUACUUUAACAGAAAGUGUUUCACUUUAUUUUCAUAAGAACCAAUAUUUUUAUUUUAUUGCUAACAGCCAUGAUUUGUGCCUUGGAUUGAAUAGUGGCAUAUAGCCUAUUAAAAUAAUUUAAAAAACAUUUGUUAAGUAAAUAAAAACACUUCUGUGAAAUCAGAUUAUUUUAUAAUCAAUAUUUAUAGU